AUGGAAGCCCUAGCAGUCAAUGUGGAACGUGGUCCUUGUGCAGUUUGCAUUGAACGGAACAAAAUUUGUGGUCAAAAUUGCGAAUUUGCUGCAUAUUUCCCUAAUCAAGUGCUAGGCGAGUACGAAUGUGCUAAUCAACUGUUUGGUACGCCAAAAAUUAUGAAAAUGAUGAAACAAGCUCCUAUUGAGAAAAAACAAGAUUUGGCAAAUUCCAUUCUCAAGGAAGGGGUCGCAUGGACAGAAGAUCCUGUUCGAGGUGGAUUUGGAAUGCUGAGAAGGCUGAUGUGGGAGAUUGAAUUACGCAAACUCUACCUCCGUGAGCUAAAGGAUAUGAUUAAGAAUGAAAAAAAGAAAAAAAACUAG